AUGACUGACUUCUCAGAAUCAUCCUCUGAUGAACUCCUUCAACAGGCCCUCCCAGUGGAUGAUGCUGAUGGGUGUGAACCGCCGAACUUGUCAACAGCACUCUUAUCCGCCAGCGGUUACCUUCGGCAUGUCAGGUAAAAUUAUUUCUAGUUGGUUAUUUCAAGGUACGAAUCCUCUCAAUACCCGGAGGUUAUCGUCUCGGAUAAACACCGUAAAGAAGCUAUUAGGGUGCGUUUUCGUUAGAAAUUUAUUCUAAGAUUCAGUCACCCACAGCAACGGAGGACGCAAAACAAAAACCUCUGUCAUCCAUGUCAAGGGAAUGGCAACAACUUCAGGCUAACUUAUUUAUGAGUGCCAAGCGAGUACGUUUUGAAGGUGACCGGUUAAUUUUUAGGAGUUCGAUAUGAUAAAAGCAAAUGUGAAACUUUCCCCAUCCCAUAUAGUAAGUCUGGUUGUUUUUAUCACUUUGUGGAUUGCCUUCACAGCAUGUAAAUUACAUCUUAAACAGCGUUUUCAGCUCCAUGCAUCUCUAAUCUGUUUGAAUUUACAGCACGCCUUUUAAACACGUGUGAUAUGUUGCUUGGAAUAGUUUUCAAACGUCUGUUUAACCGUUUGAAACGCCAAAGUGAUCCCCUGUUGAGUAUAACCCUUUAAGCUCAAAACAAUGGAACGCAUGUAAAGUGUAAUGCAUCUACGAGGCAUCAGGAUACACAUGCGGCGCCAGUUUAUGUCGUAAUAUUUAGCCAGUGUAUGUGGUGCGAAUGGUUUUUUACCUUAUAUUCUUCUUGUCUAGCAAGGCUUAGUGUGUUGUUUCCACGUCGCCAUCCUGAUAUUUGCCUACUUCUCAUCGAUCGACCGGUCGGCCCCAACAGCACAAUGCUAUACUACUGGCUGCCUGUUGGCGGUUUGUGAAUAUUAAGCGGUUAUUCCGCAGUAGCUGAUGGAUUUCAGCUCAAAUAUUCAUAUCAAAUUUCGGACCGUGCCUGAGAAGGCCUGUUUCAAAAGAGUUACUCCAAGUUCGCGCAUUAAUUUCCUCGGAAAUUAAGCAAGGCAAGGUUAAUCUAUACACUUUCAUGCCCUUCAGACGUUGGGAAGGCGGGAUCUACGCAAGCUCGUUUAAUUUGUUGAACAUAUGCGUACCUGUCUGUCGAGGGCGCGGCUGGAUCACUUUAUCCCACAUCGGCUCAACAGUCUUUGCAAGCCUUAUCUACAGUUUCUGUCGAGACCGCGUUGUGUGCACUCAACAUGUCUGCAAAACCACCUUGCUUAUUAACUAUGUCUGGAUCCCUACUUGCCUGCUUGACUCUUGACAUUUGCACUCCCGCGUGUGCUUCUUCGCCCUCUAGUACUGUUUACAGAGCUUUGUUUGCCCACUAGUGGGCUUUCAUCAGCAAGGGCGAAAAUUAGGGAAACCUUAUACUGGACACCCAGGGAAGUGAGCAUGGUAUCUAAACGUUGUCAGCAACAGUCAUGAUAAGCGGAGAAAAAAGACUUCAUUGACCGUUCUCCUCAGUGUCUAUGGUCUUUUCCUUACUAGAUUCCAGCCUGGGAUAUCACCCUUUAUCUCAAUGGCUCUCACAGGCAAAGGUGGUUUGCCUUUUUGGAUUACUUUCCCAUUCCUAUAUACAUCAAGCGGAAAGUGAUUACUGGCGAUUUUUCGAAUUGCACGAGCCUUGUCAACGAAGGCACCUGUCCUGUUCGUGUAGGGAACGAAGUACGAGGCUUGCCUAUUGUACCGAAGAGCAACUCUAUUUCCGCUACUGUACGAACCUGGUCUGUUUAGGGGAACCCACUUGACUGCUGCCCAUGUCAUGGGGCUUUCAAAAAUGCUAACGACGUGGGUGUGCAGACAAUUCCAGUCCUGCAACGUCUGAUUUAAGCUUUGUGUCACUCACUAACUUUGCCAACCAACAAAGCACUUGCCUUUGGGUAGAUUUCAAAUUCGUGUCAAGGUUUGUGUGAAAAUCGGAUAAUUGCUGUCUUUGUUACAAAAGCAAUUUCCAUUCUAAGGAGUUUGGCAUACUUUUUAUUCAUUAAACGUGUAGGGAUAAACUGUUUUCAGUCAGCAGCGUUUUGUUAAGACACUUCAUAUCAUUGUCAUUACUUCUAGAACCCUUCAUCCUCGGAGAUGGAACUCGCAGAUUCAAGAGCCUGGUUUUCUCAAACUACGCCGAGGAUAUCGCACUUCAAUUCUCUGUCACAAGUUUGUUUACGAUAGCACUUAUGGAAAUCUGCCGUUUUAGAAAACUGUCGUUGAGAUUCUCCAAACACUAAUGCCCCUUUGCACACCCACGAAUUGGAAUAGUAGCCUUGUAAGUGUUUCGGAAGAUUAGGAAUUUCUUGCAUUCUUCUCCUGUCCUUUCAUUUUUCGAGUUAAUUUACUUGGUUUGCGGACUGCCAUUUUUAACAGCCCUUGUUUAUUUUGUGUUUUCCGGGCCGUGCAAUAGUUUGCCCGUUGUUUUACCAGGUAGGCUGUGGUAGUGACUUGCACAUCAAUUUAUCUAUGAUCAAAUGAACUUUCAUUACGUCUGCCUUGCUCACAUCUACGGUAUUUUAAUGGUUAGGUACUCUUAGGCCGGACGGUGGUGAGAAUGGACACCGUGACUGUCAAAGCUAAACAGCCAGUCUGCGCAUCACUCAUCGGAUGGUCUUUAAUGCCGUACUAGUUGUGCUUAAGUGAUGUAUAGGUCUCAAUCCCGCAUGGGCAGGUUCUAUGAGAGUCAUAUCAAGAAGAAGCCAUUGCAGUCCGACCCGCGCUCCAGAUGACCGAGUUUGCCGGUCGGUUGGUAACCUUCUGUCCACGACUUGUAGCGCGUUGUGGUAGCGUUCCUGGAAGUUAGAUUUACAGUGAUGAGAAAUGCGCUGAUUUGCCUCGAGGAAGGGUACCCCAGUGUAAGUUUCACCUAGUUCACGUUCCACCCACCAGUAGCUUGUUCGAGCAUUUCCGUCAGCCGGUGAUUAUAUAGAAAGCGGUGGAUAACAUGGCGUGAACCCCUCUCUAACUCGUGUUACAUGCCCCGAUUACCCCAUACAUUGGUCAAAUAAACUCCCUCGGCCUUAGUAGCAAGGCGCAAUAUCAAUGUCAUUUUUUUCUUCCAAAAAGCAGCUUAUUUCGUGCCUUACACUUUAACUUCCGACUAUUUACUUAUAUUCAUAGGAGUGCCAUUUGUUGUUGGAUUUUUGUGGCGCUAUUUCUGUCCAGCGGGCUUUUGGUUGACUAUCGCUGUCUACUAUUUAAAAACAGCUAGUCCUCUGUAUGGCUCAGUAAAGCCUUCGUUUCAAGGCAUAUCAAGCUCAUGCCAUUCUGACCUUUAGAUGCGAAUUAGAUGGCCACCCUUCGUCAUACCGAAUUUACAACCUGAAAUAAUCUCACCCUGUUUUUUGGUAUUCAAUUAGAUCGCGUUCUUUUGUGUUGGCAAAUAUUUCUCACUAUGACUUAAACGCGAUGUCACUGAUGUUCGCUUCUAUCAGAUGUCACUUCUGUUGUCCUUAUCUCACCUAUUUGUCUCACUCACGUCUUAAAAUCUAUGCCAGGAAAUGAUUCACCACCUUUUUAUGUUAAGGAACCGUGGAUUUAUUCAGUCCUCUUAGCACUUGAACAACCACUUCAUCCAGACACCUACCAUUCUCUUCGUCGAUUGGCUAAAUCAUUUCGAAAAAUAGCUUCCGUGAGUUUUUUCAUAUUUCUACCUGUCUAGCCGAAGCCCUCUUGUCCGCCAUGAGCCUUUAAGCGUUGAUAUAAACAUCUGUCUUUCAGAUUCAGUUCCAGUUUACUUGAGGGAAACAUAGGUGUCGAACCUUUGAACUCCCCAUUUGUUACAAGCAAGCGAAUUAUAUCAAAAAUUUGAAAAUGCAAACAUUAAACAGCUACAGAAUUUUUUUCAGAUUGACAAAGUCUUCGGAACCAGACAAAUAAACGAGUUGUUCCAAGUGUUAAAAACAUUAACGUUACUAAAUGUGCUGUACAGUUGUCUGUCUAUGGAUAAUUGGUGCUGUCUCAGUUUCUGAGGGAGACGAAUUGAAUGCCAACUCAAAGAAAUCAGCAGGUAAGAGACAGCAGUCCCGGUCGCGCAUUAUACGGGAUGUUUGUAUAUGGUCGCCUCUUAGCUGUCUGUAACUCAGUGGAAAAAGGCCGAGAUUGGCUAGUUGUGUUUCAUAGGGUAGUGAACCCUGUCUACCUACGAGUUGGGCUUCCCGCCUUUGAACUUUCUCAAGGAUGCCGAGAUCUUUAGAGGCCUAGGGUUCCCACACCUGAAUAGCGAACUCUAACUGUGGCCGUACAAAUGUGUGAAAGUCUUUAACGAGGCAGUCCUCACCAAGUUUACUGAAUCAUUUUCCCGUGGGACCGGCAGUGUAAGGGACGCGUAGACACCUGCGAAUCGAAAUUGCAGUGAGGAAAUGGGAUCAUUGUGGUAUGAAAAGUGGCAGUAUAAGACGCGCUUCGAAUCCCCUUCUGGAGAGGGGUGAUGUUUUUUAAUUGAUCACUACUAUGCGAUUGUCUGUAAGGUCUUCGGGUCGGAGCUCCAGGACGAUACGGCACACCUGCGUCCCACGACCUAGCCGAAAAGACUCGAGCCCCGGGUUGAAGUAUGUUUCCCUAGCCACGACUGAUAAUCUGAGUAUGACUGUCCUAGUCCCCAUUGUUUGCGUCAACCAUGUCUAUAUGAGAUUUGAACUUAGGUCAACACAUCUAGCACUAGUGAUCCCGGCUUGUGAGCAGUGUCAAUAUUUGCUUCCAUCGGUAGUGGUGCCAUCACUUCUGAGGUCCCUUUUUGUGUGGUAGUGUGAAGUACACACAAUUUGCAGUCUUUCUGUUUCCCAUAUACUCUAAAAUACUUAGGCCUAGUAUUUUGCGCCCCCAGUCAUUUAAGUAAAAACAGGCCACAAUCGAUGUCCAUGCUACGAUUCAUUUAGCGUUGAACUUCCGACUACAUUCCGAUACCCCUUGUAUCGGCGUGUCUUAGCCAUGGUUUUUGCAAAAUGAAAAUUCCAAAUUACCUGUUAUCACUGCUUUCGCCUCUCAUUUUUAGAAAUCGGACCAGACGGCCUCCAAGAACACUGGCAGGCGCUUGAUGUUUUGCGAAAUAGUCAUUGCCAUUGUUGCUUUCGUCUUUGGCCAGCUUGAUCUUGUCACCUCUUAA